GAAGAGUCAGCGCGCGUUGGGCCUUGGGGUGUGGUGUUGGGACGCUCCCUGUUCCGACGCCGAAGUCAUGCCGUGGGCUUCUGCCGACAACUCUGGACCCUAUAGCGCACGGAUUUAUUAUCAUUGGUAGAUACUCCGUAGUCUUGUCUUGGUACGCUACUGACGUCCGACAACGUGGUGAAAGGCUGGAAUAAUAGAGUGAAUAUCCACCUCCGUUGAAGGCAGCUAUAUUUACCAACGCUGUAAGUAUAUUAAUUUGCGAGUCAGGGAAUGCUUACAAACCAGCCCGCAAAAGGGGCUGCGUGCCUCACUCACUAAGGCCAAGCAAAAGAACAAGAUGAUGAAGAAGAUCGCAUUAUGGCAAUCAAUCUAUCUUGUCAUCAUACCUACCUACCGUUAUCCAUACAUGCGUCUGUAUGGUUACCUACGUACUAAGGUAUGUAAAAGGCCCACUCAACAUCCAGUUGUCAUCUUCCCAGGGCCGUCACAUUCGAGAUGCUUUUUCUGCUUCGCCACCAACCAAGGUACCGGUACCUGCCACGCCAUAGCCCAUAGGUACUAUAUUUCGCUGGUAAGAAGUACUAGGUUGCAACAACGAUCAGCUGCAGACAGCGGCCUGCCUGCCUCCCUCCCUCCCUGCCUGCCUGCCUGCCUGCUGGGAGGAAGGCAGACAGUCAUCGACGAUCGAGCAUCAGAUAAUAUUUUGAUUGACCAAGCAAAUAGUAUCUAG